UUGUGAAGAGCGGGGAAAGGGGUCUGCGAGCGCUAAAAGAGUACAAAGUACGGGUGGCAGCGUUCCUCGUCUGCGACGAAGCACGGUGGACGAAGGUAGAUGAAGCUGACCGCUAAAAUGGCAUUGAAAGGUGAGAUGGAUUGAAGCAGGCAGUGGGCGGGGAGGCACCACAUGGUUUCUGCCACAUCCAUAGCCAUGAUGACACGAACCUCAGCAAGGGAUCGUACCCUCGAGUACGGCGCACUACGCCUUCCUCUCAUUGCAUGAAACUGGAAAGGACAGUGGUGACUGUCUCUCUGACGGCAUCGGGGGGUUCUCGAAGAGCUCGGCAAUAAGCUUUCCUGAUGUUUAGAUGUUCUGUAUCGAAGUCUAAUGCAUAGGAUUAGUUCUGAUAUAUAGCUGAAGCUGAAGUAAGAAUCAUUAGGAACGCUGAUCGACACAGUGUUCCUCGCGUGGAUCUUUCUUUGCCUGUGCUAUGGAGAAGAGCCGAGGGAACGGGAGCAAGGAGAUGGUUCUUCCUGAGGAAUCAUUGGAGAUUAAGUUGGCAGUGAUCGAUUAGCCACGGGGCGUGUCCGCCUUGCAUGUCCUUUUGCACGGCCGCACCACCCGACACCACCCCGCCCCUAUCCCGUCCUCUGUGUCCUUUUCCCUGCUCAUCCCACCUCACCACAUGCCCCUGUCCGUCCCUCUCACCUCUCCCACUUUGCCUCGCUUGCUAGCAUUCAUAACCCCGCCAACCUUCCUCUCUUUCUCAUGCUCUCGAUCUCUCGGCCUCUCGUCGUGGCGUGAGCGAGCGCAGCAUAACAAACAUGGUGAUUAAGAAGCAGAACAAGCCGCCUCAGACCGCGGUGCUGAGGCAGAUACUGAGGCGGUGUUCGGGCUCGGGGAGGGAGAAGGAGGAGGAGGAAGGGCUGCCGGUGGACGUGCCCAAGGGCCACUUCGUCGUCUACGUCGGCAAGAACCGGAGCCGCUUCAUCGUGCCCAUCUCCUACCUAGACCACCCCGAGUUCCAGGCCCUCCUCCGCCAGGCCGAGGAAGAGUUCGGCUUCGAGCACCAUAUGGGCCUCACUAUCCCAUGCGACGAGGUGGUCUUCCGCUCCCUCACCUCUGCCCUCAGGUGAAGUGGAAGUCAAGACCAAGAGCAGCAGAGGAGGCGACUCUGCUUCUGCUGACCUUUACGAUCAUCUCUCUCUCUCUCUCUCUCUCUCUAGUGUGUCUAGUCU